AACUAAAAUGUAGUCCCAUGACUGUUUCAAUUGUCAAUGGUGCUUCUGAUUACAGAGUUGAAGAUGUAGGUGAACAUCAAGAUAAUUGUGUCCAGAGAUUAUUACUGACACAAUAGAUGUUGCACGGUUUCUCCCUGAAAAGGGGCUUUUUUCGGUCAUGGCACCAAAAAAAUACACAUUUUGGAGUGCCGUGCAAGAUUGCAGUCCCCCCCCCCCAGUGCUUGGGGGGGGGGAAUCAUAGUGCAAAAUUGAGCAAGAUGGCCACUGUUCUCUCGCAAGAAAAAAUUGGAUGUCCCAUUUUUUCUGGGACAUUUGCAGAGUAUGGUUUAGCAGCAUGGCACAUAUGUAUGGGAUAUAUGUAUGUGUGUUUAUUGAAAGUACUUAUACUCUGCGUUUCAGGAUAGGCCAACCAAAGUGGCUUACAAAAGAUUAUCCAAAAUUUCCAUCUUACUAUUUAAAUCCAGCUCUUAAAUGCACUUCGAUCGCAGCAAAAUCGUGUGAAAGACGGAAUUAUUGGUUAUGAGGUCAUUCUGUGCUGGAAGAAUAUACUUUUUGGCACUUAGUGAAAAUGACUGGUUCUGCUAUCUUAAACAUUGGGAUUUUCUGCCAGGUGUAAGAGAAACAGCCAUGGAAGUUAGAGAAUGACUCCUGUCCUGCACUUACUGUACCUUGGGGAGCUUCCAAAUUUAUGAAUUUGUUUAUUGCAAUUUAUAUAGUCAGACUGCCUGAAUCCAUGUCACAUCAAGAGAGUGGAAAAUGCAAUGGGUUGGAAAGGGGAGGGGAGCAUGUAGUCCAGGGUGCCUGUUAUGGUUGUCAAUUCCACAGCUCCAAUUAACCCAUGUGCUGGUCUGCCACAGAUACACAUAUUACAAGACACAGCUCUAGAUGAAAGGACCCAUUGUAAAUGAAUUGUUUUGUUUUGCAGAUAGCAAUGAGACUGGGAUAUCAUCUAAAGAAGUGGUUGCCCACAUGAGGAAUCUUCUAAAGUUGUUCUUUAGUCCCUGCCCCAUACCCAUUCAGGGUCUGUGAAACUAUAUAUUAUAUGAAAGCUAUGUAUAUGAAAGACACUGAAGAAAAAAGCAGAUAGUCCUAGUAAGAGGUUGAAAAUUAUGACUGUUGGUACUCCUCCCAUCCCUGAUUGAUUUGAGUACUGUGGUAAUCUGAAGGGAACUCUAAACAUCUUUCUUUUCACAAAGAAAGAAAGACAAAGCAACAGUCUUUGUCUGACAUCACCACAAGUCUAAAGCACAUUGAAAAGAAAUGACCAGCCUACUUCCAGAAGAUACUGUGGAGUCCCAGGGCUCAGAUGAGCUUGAAUGCAAAAUCUGUUACAACCGCUAUAACAUGAGACAGAGAAAACCUAAAGUACUGGAGUGUUGCCACAGAGUAUGUGCCAAAUGUCUUUGCAAGAUCAUAGAUUUUGGGGAUUCUCCUCAGGGAGUCAUUGUUUGCCCAUUCUGUAGGUUUGAAACAUGCCUGCCUGAUGAUGAGGUCAGUAGUCUUCCUGAUGACAACAAUAUCCUUGUAAAUUUGGCUUAUGGAGGCAAGGUGAAGAAGUGCCUACCAGACAAUCCCACAGAACUCCUGCUGACUCCCAAAAGGCUGGCCUCUCUCGUUAGCCCCUCUCACACUUCCUCCAACUGUCUGGUUAUAACUAUCAUGGAGGUUCAGAGAGAGAGCCCUCCAACCCUGAACUCAACCCCUGUUGUGGAAUUCUACAGGCCCACAAGCUUUGACUCUGUUGCAUCUGUACCCCAUCACUGGACAGUGUGGAACUGUACAUCCUUGCUCUUCCAGACUUCAAUUCGAGUCCUAGUUUGGUUGCUAGGCUUGCUAUAUUUUAGUUCCCUGCCUUUAGGGAUCUACUUACUGGUAUCAAAGAAAGUCACCCUUGGGGUAGUCUUUGUCAGUCUUGUUCCCUCGAGUCUUGUUAUUCUCAUGGUUUAUGGCUUUUGCCAGUGUAUAUGUCAUGAGUUUCUGGACUGUAUGUCUUCUUAAUAGCAAUUGCAACGAAACAUGUGAAAUUGCCAUAGAUGUAGCACUGUUAACUUAAAAUUUCUUGUUUGUAUUUAUUAUGUUUAUCCUUCAAGGAAAAUAGGAGUGCUGACAAGUUCUGUGGUCCUUUUAUUAUUUUAAAGGGUAAUUGAAUGGUUGGUUUCUUCUGCUCUAUCCUGUUUUACCAAUGAAUAAACACAUAACAUUUUUUUAAAGUCUAAGCAAUAGAAAGAGGGUGAGACAAGUACAACCACCUAACUGGGUGCCUGAUCCUAUGCUGCAGUAACAUUUUCAUUUUCAAUAGAUUAUUCAUAUAGGAGAAUAGUUAAGAUUACUGGAGCCAUUUCAGAAGAAAUGCCUGUUAAUAUUCUAAACUGUCUCUUAUUUACGUUGGUGAUAAUCAGCUGUGACCCUCUACUGAUUAAGUCCCACUGAAACAGGGCAAGAACAGAGAUCUAAAAAGGCAAUUGGACAUUUCAUCGGUGCCUCUGAUCUUUAACAUGCACAAAGAAAAUAGGUGCUUCCAUCACAUCAGAACUUUUUACCAGGCUUCCAGACAGUGAAAGAGACUGAGGAAUGGAUGGUUGCUUUUAACUACCUAACUGAAUAGGUAGAAAAUUGUAAAGGAGGCAUAUGUGCCACAACAAUACAUGGAUGUACUGUAUCUUCACUGUUAACAUUUCUUCUCAAAUCUGUUUUUGAUUAAAAGCAUUACAAAGCCUUACCUGUGAAUAUCUUCUGCAUGCAGAAAUAUGAAAAGCUGCUAUUUUCCUUGUGCAAGAAAAAUCCAGCUGCAUCCUGAAGUCUGUUCCUUGUGUGGUGACCUGUUUAGUAUGCCCAUAGCUUUUGCACGGUCUUACACAACCAUGCACAUUUCUUAUUCUGCCACUUGUGGACCUCUGGAUUGCAGUUGUGGUGUUGUAAUAUGCAUAAGCUAAAAUAAUAAUAAACAGAUAGAGGGGUUGUUAUAAAGUGCUUAGGUUGGUUUAAACUAAGCUUUCCCUAGUAAACAGGUUGGAAGAGGAUCACAGCCUUGCCUACUUAACCUAAUAAUUUUGAACUUAUUUUUAUGAGGCCAUACAAACCUCAUGGCUUAUACAAUCAAAACCAAAUCUCGUUAUAGCAAUUAAAAACUGGAUUCAGUUUUGCAACGUAGUCUCACUUUUUUUUACAUCCAGGAUGAAUGACGUAUUGAAGUGUGAAAAUGCAUUAAGUUGUAUAAUUGUUUGCCCUAUUUUUUAUUUUAAGUAAGCAAAAUGAUAUUAAUAUUUAGAAAUCUUUAAGGACUUCAUAAGAGGCAUAUAAUUUUGGGGAUCACAUGCAGCAUGUCAUGGAAGAAGAAAAAGCAAGUAGUGCAUAAUAGCUGAUGCAGGAAAUAACUGGUGGGAUUCAAUUAAUAAGUCCCAUUAGGACUCCCCCCCCCAAAAAAACCCUGUAUUUUUACAAAAGAAAGCACUCAAAGCACAUCUAAAUAAGUGUUAGUUUUGUCCAUUACUAAUGGCUAGCAUUGAAAACUUAAUAUUUCUUAGAAUGAUCUGUUACUACUACUUUAAAGUGCUUGCAAGAAGGCAUGGGUAGUGGCAUGGCCAGCAGCAGUAAACCACAAAGUGUAACUGAUUUGUGACUCCAUCAGAUACGAAAAAGUCCAUCCAAGAGGGGAAAAAAAGUUUUAUAGUGUCAGUAACGUUUGUAUAAUUUGUUUGUGUGCAUACAUGUUACAAGAAUUUAUAUAUUUGUAGGGAAUUCACCUUCAAAAUUGUCCAAGAUGUACUAUCUCCUAAUAAAUGAGUUCU